GGAAUCUGCAGUUUGGCGUGGGCGGAAAUUUGCGAUGGCGGCGGCGGCGGGUUUGCGAGCUAUGUGGAGCAAAGCAAAACAAUGGGCACCGAGUCGGGCUAAUCAAAUCGUGAAAGGGAAGAAUUUAUCAGUUUUGGGUGGAAUCGGCUGCAAUUGUACUCGUACCUUACCUCCCUCCCUGCCGUUGUUUAAUCCGGCAUUCCGACACUGCUUUUCGCAAUCUACGACGGACUUGGAUCCCCAACAACAACAGCUCACUCCGGUUCCCUGCGCCAACGACGAGAAAGGGGUGUUAUUUGCGGCUAAUUAUGCUGCGGGAACGUAUAAUGAUUACAGAUGCAUGGGUCCGUUCAUUAGGUCCUUUUCUCAGCUUCCUUGUUUCCGUCUCUUAAGAGUGGUGAAUGCCAGCGCCAUUCGGAUUGGUAUUCUGUCCAUAUAUAGCUUAUUGUUGGAUGGGAUUACUGAGAGAGGCGACCUCAAUCUGUAUCGUGCCCUGGUUCUCCAUGACCCCUUGCAAAAGUUGGCUUAUAUGAUCGAUUGUCAGCUCAUCAAUGAGUCGCCCUUUCCAUACACAAGGCGUUUCGAUUCAGUUCCUGAAUUCCUUUUGAGCUUGGAUGAUUCUGAAGGCACGAUUGACGGAAGUAUGCAAUGGGAACCAAAAAUAAGGAAAAGAUCCCCUUCGACUGUUGCAAGUGAUGUAAUUGUCCCUGUUGACAUUGAGGAUAAUGAACAAAUCCACAAAUAUGCUUUGUCCGCAGUUGAGAUGCACAAUGAAUACAAUGUUGAGAGACACAAAAAGGAGGUCAAUAAAAUGUUUCUUGAGAAGGUGUUGCGGGCGAGCAAAUUAGAGGUUGACGGUGGCUUCUGUUACUUGAUAUUAUUGAGAGCGAAGGACACUAGUGAUGAUUGUAGCACGCACUGUGCCAUAAUUGACAAGCAUGAGGAUACAGCAUUCUUUUCUAAACCUCUACGAGAGUACAAGGUUUCAAGAAAUAUUGCGCUGGUUUAUGGAGGCGGAAGCGUUGGAUUGAUGGGAUUAGUAGCUCAAGCUGUUCUUGGUGUGAUCCCCAGGACACUAAUGCUUUUGAUUGAUCUAAUAACAACCAAACUAGGAGAUACGUGGCCACAAAGAAAAUCCAAGGAUAUCAGACAGGUCAGGAAACAUACGGCCAUCUUGACAUCUGUGGAACCUUUCCAUGAACGACUCCCUAUCACUACUGCAGAACAGAAAAGGACCCACUUCCAAAGCUUAGGGUUUCAAAACAUUAAACGUUUAACUCGCCAUUCUCAUCAAUUGCUUCCAAUCAUGGAAGAAGCCAAGAAAAAGAUCUAUGCAUGUAGCACGACAUCUUAUGACGGAUUCCAAGUCGAGUGUUCGGAGGAAACCGCCAAAAAUUUCAAAGAUGUUCCAGGAGUUCAAUUUGUGGUUCCGGAUUUUUACGUCGAUCCAGUCAACAAACGAUAUGGAGGAGAUAAGUAUGUGAAUGGAGAAAUCACUACCAUUCCAUACCCAGUAGUUUAUAGGACUCCUGAUGGGCAGUACGUUGAGAUGGAUGAACUGGAUGAACAGGAUGAACCGGAUAACAACGGAAGUUCUGGUGACCAAGGGAACUAA